GUUCUUUCCUUCAUCCCUGUAUUCACAAGCUAGCUAGGCAACCAAAGCUGAAGGUUUUGCGGUACACAAUCAAAAGAUGAAGUUAUUAGGUUGGAUGCACCGGAAAUUUCGCCAGAAUAGUAGCGAACCCUUGAAAGAUCUGAUCAUUGGGCAGUCAGCACAUGAUGAUCAACAAAACUACCAGAAACCAAACCAUGGGACCAAGCAUUUUAGGCAAGCACAGCGCGACCAAAACCUUAGAAAAUCAUUUGCUGGUCUUGAAGCAGCAAGGGUAGGAGAUGAUGACUAUGAGGAAGAAUCGUCAGAUGCUAUACCUGAUCUCUUCCACGGAUUUCUUGCAAUCGGAACUCUUGGUUCUGAGCAAGUUGUCACAGAUCCAUCUACACCAACAUUUGCUAUUUCUGUUGAAAACAUAACUGAGAAAGAAGAUGAAGUCACUGAGAAUGAACUGAAGCUGAUCAACGAUGAGCUAGAGAAAGUGUUGGCAGCUGAAACCAAGGAUGAUUACUGCAAUGACUCAUCAGGCAGAAAUAGCCAUGUCAGUGCCGGGAGAAGCAGCCAUGGAAGCAUUAUAACACUUAGUGGAAAACCACUAGAAGGAAUUGAGUCCAAUGGGCAAGGAACUGCAGUCUGUCCACUUCAGGGAUAUCUAUUUGGAUCAUCCAUUGAAUUAUCAGAAACAACAACAGUGGCAAAGAAGGAACACAGGACAUCACUUGGAGAGCUAUUUCAGAGAAGCAAAGCGGAGGAGAAUGCUGGAGCUAAAUGUGAAAAGGAGGACAAGAGAGAAGCAGAUAAAUCAGCUAUGAACCAGAUGAAGAAGAAACUGAAAAAAAGAAUGCUUCUUGCUUCUUCGCGAAACUCUUCAUCCAUAAAUGGUGGACCUGUUGAUCCUGCUUCAGCAGAGACAAAGCUGCAAAAGAUUCUCCACAUGUUUCACAGGAAAGUUCAUCCUGAAAGUUCAACAAUUAUUGUUAAGGCUGGUAAAAACCAGAAGCAUGAGAGCAAGAAGAAAAUGAUGAAUGACGGAAACCACAACAGAGGCGACUCGGUGUAUCCCGAUGAAGAUAGCACGGGACAGCCUAAAAGAUCUUUUCUAAACCCAAAGGAUAUCAUGCGAAAUUAUAGGGGCCAAAUGAAUACACACCAGUUGGCACUUGUGAGUGGAGAUUCGUCUGGUAACAGGGAGCACUGGAUCAAGACAGACGCAGAUUACCUAGUCCUGGAGCUGUGAAAG